AUGUCUAAUUUUAAUUAAUUCAACAGUCAAAGCUAAAAUACAUCAGAUUAAUUUAGAGAGGGAACUUGCCCAGUCCUCUCAAGUUUGCAUCUUCUUCCAGAGGAGAGGAAAAAUGAAAUGCUGAAACAAUAUGAUGAAAUGGUUAAAAGUGGAAUGCACAAGCCUUUACCUUCAUAAAAUGCCUAAGUUCAGCUAUAGUGUCCUGCACAAAUGAAAUAAGAGAUGAUCACAGCGGUCAGCACUAGGAGUUCAUCAGCUGAUGAAAAUUCUAAACAGCAGCUGAAAUCAUAAUUGAUUUCUAAUACUGAGAAGAAACCAAUAAUGGGCUGCCCAUUCUUUAGCAAGGAGAUAACAGAUCCACAAGGCAAGAAUAUUACUCAAGGUUACCCACUGAAAUACAUAUCUAAGCUGGAUUAUCUAUUUAGUCCACAAACACCAAAAUAAAUCAGAGAGUUUAAGCUUGAAUCUUGUGAAUUUCUGAAUUCUCUGCCAUAUGUUGUCAAGCAUUCCUUGUUUCUGGACCUUGAUAUGAUGUCAAAAAUGAGGGAACUUGCAGAUAUUGGGCAAUUAUUCUUUAUAACAGAUGAUACCAAGAUAAAGGGCAACAAGUUUUAUGAUUAAGGCAAAUACUAUGAAGCCUUAGAUGUUUAUGAAUAAGUUCUGGGUUGCUAUAUAUGGCUAGAUUUUAUAGAAGAAGGCUUUUCUGAUAAAUUAUUUCACGAUCUUAAGGGCGAUUACAUUACUGAUAAAGAUGUAGACUUUAAGGAGCGCAGAAUAAUAAGAGAAUCAGACAGAGAAAUAGAGAGUGAGACUACCUAUAUGAGUUUGUUUCACUUUGAUGAAGCUAUGAAAUGUGCCGAUCUAAUACUUGAUAAUUACAUUAAAGACCCAGAAAUCUAUUUUAGGAAAUCAUAAGUUAUUUAUUUUGAUAAAACGUCCACCAUCCAAAGGCUAUAAGAUGCUCUUGAGUUAGUAGAUAAAGAGUGUUUAUAAAGUAAUAAACCCUAAAAGUAAAUGAUGAAAUAUCAAGAGCUCUAUGAUAAGAUUUAAAAGGAGAUUGAUGAUAGAAUCGUUAAUGAACUAAAAAUAGCAUCUUUAAUGCUUAAAAGAGCCUAAAAAUUACUUGAGGCCCAAAAACUUUAGAAAGUAAAGGCAAUGAAAACUGUAACUAUAGAAGAAAAUGAGAUGUACUAAGUAAUGUAUAUAAUGGAUGAAAAAUAUCCAGAACUAAUUUAGUUUUUCAGAGAUAAUGAUAACCAAGCUUAAUUGCAAAAGGGGAUCAAUGAGCACUAAUAUUUCUCAUCUGUAUUUAAAUAGAUAGAAUUCGCAUUAAUGAUAGAUAUGAAUAACUUGAACUCUUAAAUUAAGGAUAGACUUGAUUAACAAAACUUAGAUGUGCUAAAUAAUCCAAAAUUGUCUACUAUUAUUGAAGAAGUCAAAUUGGAAAUAGCAGAUAGCAUUUUCUUCCACUCGAAUGACUUAAAUCAAGAAGUUUAUAACUAUGCUUGGAGAAUAUAUUAGGAAAAGAAAGAAAAGAUGGAUAAAUUUAAGACUAAGAAAUCUAAAGCAAAAUAAGGCUCAGAUUCUUAUGGUCACGAUUGUAAUGAAAAGAAAAGAUCCCUAGCUGAAUCAAUGCUAGAUCCUAAUAAAGCAACGAUAAUGAACUUAGGCCUAUUCUUUUUAUUGGGCAUCAUCCUUUUUUACUUUGGAUGGGGAUUCGAAUGGAUAAAUGAGAGACAUAUUACUAAAUGGCUGAGAGCUUAUUUCCAGCACAUUAAAACAUCAAAAUGA